AUGGCGCGGUUGCCUACACGGCUGCGAACAGUCCUUGUCGCAUUUAUUCUGGCAUCUAUAUUCUCUUGGUUCCUUUCGCGCCAUCGUCAUCUGUCGAAUGAUCAAUCCAAACACGAGAUCGAGCACAAUGUUAGAGGGCACAUGAAGUUCUGGCGGGAGUUCCAGCCGCUGUUGAUGGAAUACGCGCCCGACUGCGACUCCCCGCAUAAAUUGGGAACUGCGCCUGGAGUACGGUUCGAUGCGAAGAAUCCGGGAGAACGGCCAGAGCUCGUGGAGAUGUUGGUGGACGAUGUGAUCAAGAUGAGGACCGCCCAUACAAAUUUUGUCAACGCUAUCAGGGACGGAGCACCCUCCCUGCACUAUACACCGGGGACGCGGGGUCUGGUGUCGACUGCUGGAGGAUCAUAUUUACCCGUUCUGGUCAUAUCUUUGCGCAUGCUGCGAAAGACGGGGUCAAAAUUGCCCAUGGAGGUCUUCCUUGCCGAUGCCGAUGAGCAUGAAGAGUACAUCUGCGAUGUCGUUCUUCCGUCCUUGAACGCGAAAUGCGUGAUAUUAUCGGAAAUUCUGAGUGCAGCGCCUGAAGACAUGCAAAUCGAGAAGUACCAGUUCAAGCCUUUUGCCAUGCUAUUUUCGUCUUUUGAGGAGAUAUUGUUCUUGGAUGCAGAUGCCUUCCCGAUCGACAAGCCCGAGGUACUAUUUGACAACGAGCCUUUCCAAUCGAAACACAUGGUCACUUGGCCGGACUUCUGGGCUUCCUCCGCCUCGCCUCUGUUCUACGCCAUCGCAUCUCAGGAGAUCCCACCAAUGGAUAUUCGCCAGUCGACAGAGUCGGGAGAGGUGGUAGUGUCCAAGAAGACACAUGCCCAUACGCUUCUGCUCUGCACGUAUUACAACUACUGGGGCCCGUCGCACUUCUACUCGUUGCUCUCUCAAGGUGCACCCGGUGAAGGCGAUAAAGAAACUUUUCUGGCAGCGGCCACCGCAAUGAACGAGCCAUUUUAUCAAGUCAGCGAACCCAUCCGCGCCAUCGGGCAUCCCAGUAGUAACGGAUUCGCCGGUUCUGCCAUGGUUCAGUUCCAUCCGCUCGAGGACUACCAGUUGACGCAGAAAGGAGAGUGGCGUGUCAACGGUUCCAAAGCGCCUUCUCCUAAGCCGUUCUUCAUCCACGCCAAUUUUCCUAAAUUCAACCCGGCUACUGUAUUCGAUAAGCAGAUGGUGAACCCGGCCUACGACGAUGAUGGAGGUUACACGCGUGCUUGGACAGACCCAGAAGACACGGUUAAUGACUUCGGUCAUGAUGUGGAGCGGGAGUUCUGGAAUGAGAUCAUGUGGACCGCAUGUGAACUGGAGCAUCGAUUCCGAAGCUGGCGAAACGAGAAGGAUGUGUGCUCGGAUGUGAAGAAGUACUGGAAGGCAAUCUUCGCUAACGGGAAAGACUCGGCUGUGUGA